AUGUCUCCCACUCCAGUCAUCAGUCAAACAGGCGAUGAAGACUUCCAUUGGGCGAUCGACCUCCCAGAGAAUUACCCUGUGGCUAGCGAGGCUGGCUUAGGGUGGGCCCCCAUUGAUGGUAGCACCACGCUAGUGGAGGACGCCCGAGCCGUGCUGAACGGGGAUGCCAACUACCUAUUGGGUCACGGUGAGCCCCUUGCCGAUAUCGAAGGCCCCUAUAGUAUGGAUCAGGACAUCCUUAACGCCGUAACCCUACAUGUCGUGUACAUACCCGUCGUUGUGCAGGUCAGCGGCCCAAAUAUGAUACCGCAUGGAGCCCCAUCCCAGUUCCAACCGGAGGUACCUGUCGCACCCACCCAUCCGGCAUCCAACAACCAAUUUCAGCAUGCCGCUGUCACGCCUCCUCUUCAGUGUCCUUACGGAUGUACUGGUAUGUUUCGUCGCCGUGUGGAAUAUCGCCGCCACAUGAAGAAACACACUGGCCCCUUCUUCCCUUGCACCCAUCCUGAUUGCAGUAAGAUGUUCUAUCGCCAGGAUAAGUUGCGUGAUCAUCUUGCCAAGGGCCAUUAG